AUGGAGAAGGCAUUUUCACUAUUGGUUUUCAUCAUACUCUUUAUCAUGCUUGCUUCUGUUGAAAAUAAGGUGAAGGCAAAUACAUGCAUGGAGGGUCUCGGUAAUUGCCAGCAAUGUAGUGAGAGAUGUAAGGCCAAGCACGGACCACAAGGCGAAGGCAGUUGCGACAUCAAGAAUCAACUAUGCACGUGUUAUUACCCGUGUGGAUCUCCAUCGGGUCCGCAACCCAAAAAAUGCUAUGGUGGAGCUGGCCUGUGCGGCGGUAAUUGUGGUCCUCCUUGUUGCAACCAAAAGUGUGCGCAGAAGUAUAACCAAGGAACUGGAUUUUGUGACAGCAUUGGCCACACUUCUUUGUGCAAAUGCGAAUAUCCUUGCUGA